UGGAUGUGGAAAAGAUGAGCUCUUCUCUGGGGUUGGAUUUAGUUAAUAAUAAAACUACAGAGUGAAGUCAUGUCAUACGACUUUCCGUGUCACUUUCCCGACCCACUAGAAUUUUGAUCGUGACCUCCCCCAGCUCUCUCAACUCUGCUUGCCAGUAGAUAUAGAUGCACAGGCAAGCUACUGCUCAGGUUCUCUGCCUCUCUGCUUCCACAUUCACGUGAAGAUGGACCAGACAGAAGCAGAACUAGAAGAGGUGUACAAUAUAGUCCCACUAAGCAAACUCUCUGGCGAUCACCGCUGCCGUCGAUCGCCGGAUCUCCGCACCCUGGUGUCCACCUUGCGAACCUUCACUGUCGAUCUUCAGAAACCACCUCUUGCACCAUGGCAGAGUCACUACGACCUUCUUGACUGGCUUUCUCUCUUCUUUGGCUUCCAGGAGGACAACGCUCGGAAUCAGCGUGAGCACCUUGUCCUCCACCUCGCCAACCACCACUUGCGCAGCGCCGAAACGCCGCAAGACGACGUCAUUUCGCUUGACCCCAGAGUUCUCCGCUGUUUCCGUGAGAAGCUGCUCCAGAACUACGAGGAAUGGUGCUGUUUCUUGGGGGAGAAGUCCGAGGUAAGGCUGAUUGAUGGUCCCGGUAACUCUGGAACAAUUUGCCAUGAACUUUUGUAUGUCUCUCUCUAUCUCCUCAUCUGGGGCGAGUCCGCUAACUUGCGGUUUUUGCCCGAGUGCAUUUGUUAUAUAUUUCACAACACGGCAAGGGAGUUGAAUAUGAUCUUGGAAGAUCGCAUGGAUCCGGAAACUGGGGCUCCUCUGCUGCCAAAAUGUUCAGGGAAAAAUGGAUUCUUGGAUGGUAUUGUGAAGCCCCUUUAUGAUGUUGUUAAAGAGGAGGUUGAAAAAGGCCGUAAUGGGAUUGCCCCGCAUAACGAAUGGAGGAAUUAUGAUGAUAUCAAUGAGUACUUCUGGAGCAGAAGGUGCUUUGAGAAGGGGGGGUGGCCUUUGGAUGCGGAGAGUAGAUUUUCCAAGAAUGCGGGCAAGACUGGUUUUGUUGAACGAAGGUCGUUUUGGAACUUGUUCAGGAGUUUCUAUAGGCUGUGGCUGAUGUUAGUUUUAUUCCUUCAAGCGGCAAUUAUCAUUGCUUGGGAGGAGGAGUACAAGUUUCCUUGGCAGGCCUUGCCAAAUAAGGAAGUGCAAAUUCGGGUUUUGAGCGCAUUUGUGACUUGGAGUGGUUUGCACCUUCUGGAGUCGCUGCUUCAUUCCGUCAUGCAAUGGGGUUUGGUCUCUAGAGAGACGUGGUGGAUCGGUAUGCGCAUGGUGCUGACAAAUGUCAUUGCAGCAACGUGGACCGGCGCUUUGGGCUGGUUUUAUGUAAGGAUUUGGUUUCAGAGGAAUGGGGAUGGGGAGUGGUCUGCUGAGGCUAACAACCGGCUUUUGCUUUUUCUCAGAUUGGCUUUUGUGUAUUUCCUUCUUAAGCUCUCAGCAUUUGCUCUGUCCUGUGUUCCCUCUUUUGGCCACUUCCUUGUUCGGAAGAAUUGGAAGAUGUGCGAGGUGCUGAUGAGCCAGACUUUUGUGGGACGUGACUUGGGGGAAAGUAAGAGGGAUUAUGCAAAGUAUACCACGUUUUGGGUAUUGGUUCUUGUGACAAAAUUCCUUUUCAGCUACUUUCUACAGAUCCAACCCAUGAUUAAUCCUACAAAAGAGCUGUUGCAUCUUAGGGAUGUAAAAUAUACAUGGCAUCAAUUUUUUGUCAACUGUAAUGGCCUUGCCAUUGGGUUGUUGUGGUUUCCCGUGGUCUUGAUUUAUAUGAUGGAUUUGCAAAUCUGGUAUUCGAUUUGGACAUUCCUGGUUGGAGUGGCAGUUGGGCUGUUCUCGAGGUUGGGUGAAAUCAGAAGCAAUCAGCAUCUGAGGUCGUGGUUUGACCAUAUUAUUAGUGAAGUUGCAAAUAAAUUUAAUCUCAUACAACAGGACCAGAUGCUGGAUGAGAGGGAGUCAACGAGGAGCAACAAAUUCAAUUACAUCAAGUUGUCAGAUCCAAGGAACUGGGUUUCUCCACACUUUAAGAAACUCGAAUGUAACCAGCUUUGGGUGCGUAAGUUUUCCGUGAUGUGGAAUGAGAUUAUUAGGACUUUCAGGGAGGAGGAUGUCAUCUCAGAUCGAGAAGUUGAGUUGCUGGAGCUGCCGAACAUUUCUUGGACAUCCCGAGUUAUAAGCUGGCCCCAUUUUCUGCUCUCCGACGAGCUGCUCUUUGCAUUGAGUGAGGCGUAUCAACUAGCAGAUGCUUCUCCCACUAGGAUCUGGCACAAGAUCUGCAAGAAUGAGUACAGGCGUUGUGCUGUCAUUGAAGCUUAUGACAGUGUCAAGCAUUUAUUACUUAAGAUAUUAGGGCCCAACUCUGAGGAGCAUUCCAUUGUUGCUGCUUUAUUUGAUGAAAUUGAUCGUUCGCUGCAAAUCAGAAAAUUCAGUGAAAUUUUUGACAUGACUGUACUACCAAAGAUUCAUGAAACUUUAACCCAUCUCGUUGAAUUGUUGAACAGAUCUGUUGUAGAUCCUGAUGAAGUGGUGUGUACUUUACAGGUCCUUUAUAAGGUUGUUACUCUAGACUUUUUCAAGCAAAGGAGAAGCUAUCAACAGUUGAAGGAGAAUGGUUUGGCUUCAUCUUGUGCAGGGUUGCUAUUUGAGAAUGCUGUUCAGUUGCCAAAUUCUAGAGAUGGAAUUUUCAGUCAGCAAAUUCGACGCCUGCAGAUGAUUUUAAUGCCUGUGGGUUCGCUGCAAAAAAUUCCUGCAAGUGAAGAGGCUCAAAGGCGAAUUGCCUUCUUCUGCAAUUCUCUAGUCAUGGAUCUUCCACGAGCUCCUCCAGUUGGGAAAAUGAAAGCUUUCAGUGUUCUAACCCCUUACUAUGAUGAAGAAGUGCUAUAUAGCAAGGAAGAACUGCAGAAAAAGAAUGAAGAUGGGAUAUCCACUUUAUUUUACCUGCAGACAAUUUACGGCAACGAUUGGCACAAUUUCAUGGAGAGGAUGCGCAAGGAAGGAAUGGAGUCUCCUGAUGAGAUCUGGACAACCAAGUUACGUGAUCUCCGGCUUUGGGCAUCACACAGAGGUCAGACGCUCGCUCGCACUGUCAGGGGAAUGAUGAAUUAUUAUAAGGCCCUGAAGUUGCUAGCUUUCCUUGAAUACCAUCAUGAUAUGGAUUUCUCCCAAGGGCUACAGGACCCGGGUUCCACAAUGCUAGAUGACAAUGCGGAUUGUUUCAGCAUGACGAGCUUGCUUUCUGAAGGUUGUGCCUGUGAGCGUGGUAUUGCUCUCAUGAAAUAUGCCUAUGUUGUUGCCUGUCAGGAGUAUGGAUCUCAGAAGGCAAAUAGGGAUCCCCGAGCAGAAGAAAUAUUGUAUUUAAUGAAAACCAAUGAAGCCCUACGCGUAGCAUAUGUCGAUGAGGUGAGUGAGGGUAAAGAAAAGGAGUAUUUCUCCGUUCUUGUCAAGUAUGAUAGACAGUUACGGAAAGAAAUCGAAAUAUACAGAAUUAAGUUGCCUGGUCCCUUCAAGCUAGGAGAAGGUAAACCGGAGAAUCAAAAUCAGGCCAUUAUCUUCACACGUGGCGAUGCAGUCCAGACAAUCGAUAUGAACCAAGACAACUACAUAGAGGAGGCACUUAAGAUGCCAAAUUUGUUGGAGGAAUUUGAGAGGCUCUAUGGUACCCGGAAUCCCACUAUUCUAGGUCUGAGGGAACAUAUAUUUACUGGUUCAGUUUCAUCGCUUGCCUGGUUUAUGUCUGCUCAGGAAACAAGUUUCGUUACCUCGGGACAGCGUGUCCUCGCCAACCCUUUGAAGGUUCGAAUGCACUAUGGCCAUCCAGAUGUUUUCGACAGGAUUUGGUUCUUGACACGAGGUGGGAUCAGCAAGGCUUCCAAAAAGAUUAACAUCUGUGAGGAUAUUUUCGCGGGCUUUAAUUGCACCUUGCGUGGUGGCAACGUGACACACCAUGAGUACAUCCAGAUUGGCAAGGGGAGGGACGUUGGGUUGAAUCAAAUAUCAAUGUUCGAAGCCAAAAUUGCAAGUGGAAGUGGGGAACAAGCUCUCAGUAGAGAUAUAUAUCGGCUGGGUAGUAAGCUUGAUUUCUUCCGAAUGCUUUCGCUCUUUCAUUCCACUGUAGGGUUCUACUUCAAUAACAUGAUGGUGAUAUGGACUGUCUAUGGCUUGUUGUGGGGGAGGUUGUAUAUGGCUCUGGGUGGCCUAGAAACUCAAGACAAAGCAAGCAGCAAGAACUGUUUCGGCCCAGUUGUAAAUAUACAGUUCAUCCAACUUAUCUUGUUCACGGGCCUUCCAGCGGUUGUGGACGGUUCAGUUGAGCAUGGAAUCCUAUCGGCUUUGUGGGAUUUUUUGGUAAUGCAGCUUGAGCUUUCAUCUGUCUUUUACACGUUCUCUAUGGGAACUCGUAGCCACUUCUUUGGCAGGACAGUUCUUCAUGGUGGUGCAAAGUACCGGGGGACUGGCCGUGGCUUUGUUGUGCAGCACAGGAGUUUUGCUGAAAAUUACAGACUCUAUGCCCGUAGCCAUUUUGUCAAGGCCCUGGAGAUUGCGCUGGUUCUUACAUUAUACACAAUUUAUAGCCCUUUAGCUAAUGGCGCAUUCUUAUUCAUAGACACGAGUGUUGCGGGCUGGUUUCUGGUCGCAUCGUGGAUGCUCUCCCCUUUCAUUUUUAAUCCUUAUGGUCUUGAUUGGUUGAAGACAGUUGAUGACUUCAACGAAUUCAUGAGCUGGAUAGGGGACCGAGGAGGCUUGUUCACGCAGAGCUGGGAAACAUGGUGGUACGAGGAGCAGGACCAUUUGCGGACGACAAGUUUCUGGGGGAAGUUUCUAGAGGUAAUCCUGGCAUUGCGCUUCUUCUUUUUCCAAUAUGGGAUCGUUUACUAUCUUCACAUUUCCUCUGGGAGUGCCAGUAUUCUGGUUUACUUACUGUCGUGGAUAUGGAUAGCUGGGGUUUUUGCAGUGUGUAUGGUGAUAUAUUGCGCUCGAGAGAAGUACGUGAUCCGGAAUCACCUUUGUUAUCGGCAAGUUCUGUUGGGCACUGCUGUUUCGGUGGCUCUAGCAAUAGUUGCCUUAUUGCAGUUAACGAAUUUUAAGCUGGUUGAUCUUUUCACUGCUCUGCUGGCCUUCAUACCCACUGGCUGGGGAAUCAUUUCAAUAGCACAGGUUUUUAGGUCCUCUAUCCAAGGAACUAGGCUUUGGGACAUUGUUGUUUCCUCGGCUCGACUAUAUGAUCUCUUGUUUGGAGUGAUUGUCAUGGCACCGGUCGCAGUAUUAGCAUGGCUUCCCGGGUUUCAGUCAAUGCAAACGAGGAUUCUCUACAACGAGGUGUUUGUUCGGGGAGUCCAGAUAUCCCAAAUACUUUCUGGGAAGAACAUAAUAAGAAACGGGUAACUAGUAAUCCCAGGGUAAUUAGAAUGUGGAAUCUCUUAUGAUACGUUUGCAGUCCCUACUUUCUGCAUUUACGUUGCUUGCUACUUUGUAACAAAGUUAUGCAGACCAAUUGCAAUCAUUGGGCCUCCCCUACUGAUAUGGCAGUAGUUAUGUAUA